AUGGUUGGACGCAGCCGAUCUGUCGGGCAACUCAAUCAAUUGCUCAAGAUUUCCGUCCGUGUGGAGCAUUAUGUUGAAUUGAGCACAAAAGACACUUUUGAUACCAUAGUAUUUCAGAACCGACUAAGGCAACACUUCACUAUACCAUGGCGGGAACCGAAAAAACCGAUCAAAACGAGGUUGUGUGUGAGUUAUACAUCCCUUAUUCUGACCUCGGCCUCAUGGUGGCCUUAUCGUCAACAACGGUGCUUGGAUUUCGAAAGUGUUCAACGAUUCCUGACAUUCCAUCAAGCAGGUCGUUACUGCGCAAUAGGAAUGCAAGAUGACGGUUUGUCUGAGAAACAAUUCAUCGUUUUGCUCACCAAAUCCAUCGCAGACUUGGAUCAGUUACUUCGUGUCAUGCAAACUCAGUUGUCUUUGUGGAAACGAACCCCCCAGACUGGUACUGAACCAGAUCAUCCUAUUUCUGUGGUGAACUCAAGACUUUCGGCCUUGAAAGCACAAAGUUUGGCUUCACCUCGUUCUAAUCUGAUAGGACCACGUCCUAAAACCCUUGAUAAAGGAAAUAAUCAACUACCACUGCUUGCUGCAUGCAGUCUUCCUGGUACUGACCGCAGAUCUAAUGUAAAUCCACCCUCUGGAAGCUCACUCUACUCGAGCACGAUCAUGUUGAACGCUUGUCAGUGUAAACCGGAACAUCUGCCCCGAAUCGAUCUAACCUCACCGGAAGAGAAGUUGAAGGUGGCAAAGGUGAAUGGACUAUCACAAUCCCCCCGAGUAUUGAUCUGUAACACUCCACGUUCCACUCCCGGCAUGGAAAUUAUAUGUAAAGAAGACCCCAAGACGGUUGUCAGUCCUACUCAAACCUACCCAGCAAAGAGGACGAAUCAGAAUGGUAAUCAUCGAACGUACUGUCGAUCACAACCACCGGAUUCCAAAUUCCCGGAGACCGAUUCGCAAUCCUGGGAGGUUGAUGUGAAGUAUAUUCGGUAUGAUCCUGUUCUGGGAAAUGUGCUGGAUGAUCAUGGAUCUGUGUAUUUGUAUACGGCACAUCAGAUUAGUCGUUAG